AUAAUCUGAGGCAAUCUGUAAGGACCUGACCUCCGUCCAUUCAGAUCAAUAGUGAAGUGAGAGAGGGAUCGUUUACACGGACUCUGCGUGAGGACUUCCCCUCCAGUGUGUAAUCCCUUCACUGUACAGCGGAUACCGGAGGACUGGAAGGGCCGCUCUCCUGCCCGUGCGGUGUUUUUGGUGACUGAAGCCCUGUCUUCGAUCAUGUCUUUCCCUCAGCUGGGCUAUCAGUACAUCCGGCCAGUGUACGGGUCGGAUCGCAGCGCACGGGGCGGCGGGGAAAUCGGCGCGUCCGGGACGCUGUCCAGUGUCUUGUCCACUAUGUACGGGUCGCCCUUCGCGGCGGCCGCGGCGGCUGCAGCAGCGCACGGAUAUGGGGCUUUUCUGCCCUACACCAGCGACAUCUCUAUCUUCCCGCAGCUGGGCGCUCAAUACGAGCUAAAGGACAGUCCGGGGGUCCAGCACCCGGGAUUCCCGCAUCAUCACCCUGCUUUCUACCCUUAUGGCCAGUACCAGUUUGGAGACCCUUCCAGACCCAAAAACGCAACCAGAGAGAGCACGAGCACUCUGAAAGCCUGGCUGAGCGAGCACAGGAAGAAUCCGUACCCCACUAAAGGGGAGAAGAUCAUGCUGGCCAUUAUCACCAAGAUGACCCUCACGCAAGUGUCCACUUGGUUCGCUAAUGCUAGGAGGAGGUUAAAAAAGGAAAACAAGAUGACAUGGGCACCGAGAAGUCGGACUGAUGAUGAAGGGAAUGCAUACAGCAGCGAUCACGACGGAGAAGAAGGGGACAAGCGCGACGACGACGAGGAAAUCGACCUGGAAAAUAUAGACACUGAAAAUAUUGAGAGCAAGGAUGAUUUGGACGAGACCGAUCCAGAUUUGCACCCAGACCUCAAACUGGACGGGAGGAGCGACUCCGAGGCUUCAGAUGGCUAUGAGGACUUAAGUGGGGCCGACGAGGGCUUUUUAAAUUCUGUAGUAGUGAAAGAAAACAAAGUCUUUGAGGAGGACAUUCGGGGGGAUUCCAUGAGAAAGCACAGUCCCGGAGAGCAGCUUAAAAUAAACUCACCCGCCUUGGACAAUAAUGCGUCCCCAGCGCAGAAACCCAAAAUUUGGUCCCUGGCAGAGACGGCCACCACUCCCGACAAUCCUCGGAAAUCCCCCUCCGUACCCGCCGCACAGCCCCUCAUCGGCCAGCACAGACUGCUUUCUUGCCCAGUGGGCAAAAUCCAGAACUGGACAAACAGGGCUUUUUCCGCUCACUCCCUGGCACUAAUAAACUCGAACCAUUAUUUGGGACUAACGAACCAGACGACUGCGGCUUUGAGCAGAAAUCAAGACGAGCAGAGCCAUCGGCCCCAGUCCCCGCCGACAGAAAGAUCGAGUGCCUUGGAAAUAGAGAAGAAACUCCUAAAAACAGCCUUUCAGCCAGUUCAAAGAAGGCCUCAGAACCAGCUAGAAGCCGCGAUGGUUUUAUCGGCGCUUUCUUCUUCAUAGCCGCAUUUUUUUUCUAUUGUAUUUUUAUUUUUAUUUUUUCCCCGUCCGUUUUCCGGAAUGUAAAAAGUAUUUCUCUGUACACAUAACCUGUCAGCAUGUCCCGUGUUAAACUGCUAAUGUAACAUUGUACGAAUAGUACACUUUGUGACUUUUUCUUUUUUCCUUUCUUUCUUUCUUUCUUUCUUUUUUUGUAAGUUCAGUGACAAUUAGAUGUCUAAAAUGUUUUGUAUAUAAAGUUUAAAAAUGUACAUAUGUGUGAACCAAAUUGUACAAGAAAGU